AUGUCUAUGUUGAAGAUUACUUCUCUCAUCACCCUUCUGGCUUAUGCCGAGGCUCGUUUUGGCCAGGAGCAGAUUCCUGUCGCGGCUGUAGCUGCACUUGGUGAUGCUGGCUUUGGCGACCCUGGUGUUGCUGCCACUAUUGCUGGAAGCAUCCCCGGAUCCCUGUUGGCCGCUGCCAGCCCGUGUCAAAAGCUCACCAUCGCGGACCAAAUCAUCACCGAGCUGGGAACCGACCAGCAAGUUAUUGACGCCGCCAUCGGGCUCGUCUCCGCCGAGACCAACUUCAACCCUUUCGCCGUCAACGUCCCCUUUGUGUGUGCGGAUGCGACGCUCCCGGCCAGCGCACAGCUGCGCGGCAUCGUCCCGCUUGUCGACCCGGCGGUGACUGGAUCUGAUGUUGAGAAUGCCAACUCGGCCACCUCGGUCACGACUCCUUUCGACGCCGCAGGCCUGUCCCAGGCUGAGGUGAUGAUUGCUCAGGGGUUCAGCAACUUCACCGCCGUUGCAGGAAAUGGAGACGAUGUGGUUCUUGGUGGCCAGGACGGCGCAGCGGCCGGCGGAGAUGCCGCUGCCGGAAACGAUGCUGCUGCCACUGAUGGCACGCAAGAUAACAAUGCCGGAAACACUGCUGUUGUCCAGCAGCCUACUCAAUGCGGAGGAGGAGCGAGCAACGCCACCCCUACCAAUAAUGCAGGCAACGGUACUGCGGCGGAUGGAAACAACAACAAUAACAACAACAACGAUGCAGCAACCGGCGGCGGUGCAGCAGUUGGCACCUCAAACCUCGACUUUGGCCUCUGUCAACCAACAAUGGCUCGCGUGCCUGGACUCAACGGCCGAGCAGCAACCGAGUUUACUUUCAUCCCUCAGGAUCCUCUCUGCGCCCAGGGCCAGCAAGAGGCUCUCAACCCCAACAUCAUCACCAACCGCAUCUGCGACCAGCUUAUCAACGUGUGCGAGGCCAGCGAUGAGGCCAUCGCGGCGUGUGACGACGCCCAGACGCAGAUUGAGGCCCUGGGCACGCGUGAUCAGAGCACUGCCGACACCUGGAACGCCCUGCUGGGUUUUGCUGGUGCGGACUCUACCAAGGCAACCCUUUGA